AUGGUGUCAGCCGCUGGAGGCAUCGUUAUCGCCAUCCUGGUCCUCGCCAUCGUUGGCGGCGCCAGCUGGAUCAUCUUCACUCAACUGCGCGCCCGAAGACUAGGUCUUCCACCCCCCUCACUGUCCUCCUACAUACCUUUCCGAAAAUCCGAUCCGCCGCCAUCAUACGGAGCUCCGCGCCCCGCGCCGAGCGGCAUCGCUGGCUGGUUCAGCGACAAAAUCACCUCCUUCAAGAACCGCAACAACCGCUCUGCCGCCGGAGCCUACGAGCAGCCCUCCGGCGGUGCUGGUGCGCCCCGCCGCGGUUUCGGACCACUCGAUCCCGAUGAGGCGUGGGAUGCGCGCGUAGGCCACGAGGCCGAGACCUACGGCCCCUAUGGAAAUUACGAGGAGCAGGAGCUGGGGUACCGCGGUGGCAGCAGCAACGACAAUAGCUAUAGCAUGAACCUGGCCGCAACUCCCAACCCACACGAUGAGCCGGCGCGGGGCCGCAGCCUCAGCCGGGACGAUGACGGUGGUCUGGGCCCCCACAAGGCGGGCGGUAGGAAUCCGUUCGAGGACGAUGCUGAGCCGAGUAACAUUAGCUUGCGUGGUGUCAGCCCUCGGCCGAUUGUCGACACGGGCGCAUCGCAGCAACAACAGCAGCAACAACAGCAGCAGAAGGACAGCGGCGAGAGCCCGACGGAACGGAGGUCAAUCUUCCGGGAGAACGUAUAG